AUGCCAGAUAUCAUCGUCGUCUUACUUGAGCAUGGUAUACAACUAGGAGACGCCCUCUUGCGAGCGGUUGAUGAACAGUUUGUGUAUGCUGCUCAGAUACUAUGCGAACACAUCAAACAAAAGAAUAUUCCGGAGUUUUUAAAGUGUCGCGCCCUCAACGGUGACUUCCAUCCCGACAUUACCCCCAUUGUCCUUGCCGCGCAUCACAACAACUACGAUAUCAUCAAGAUACUGCUGGAAUACGGCGCUCGCAUCGAGGAUCCCGAGUACUAUGCCUUCUCGACGGAAACCAAUACCCUACAGCACUCUCUGGGAAUGUUGAACAUUUACCGUGCCCUGGCCAGCCAAGCCUACAUCUCUCUCACCAGCCUCGACCCUAUCAACACAGCGUUCGAACGGUGCGUCAAACUACGCAAGCUCUGUCAGGUCAACCCGGAGUUUUCCGUCGAGUUCUCGACGCUGGCCAACCAGUGUGAACAGUUUGCAGCUGAUAUCCUCGGCCACAUUCGGAACCAAGCGGAACAAACAUGCGUGCUUUACCAUGACCCGUGCUUUUACAGCAUCGGCGAGAGUGGGAUUGGACCGUACAAAGUUAAAAUUGCUAUACAUCACGAACAAAGAAAGUUUGUUGCACAUCCCCACUGUCAGCAGCAUCUUACCCAGUUAUGGUACGAGGGUCUUCCUUCUUGGUACAUGACCAACUGGAUAUCCUCAACAAUUUCCACCUGCACCGUCGGACUGUGCUUUCCGCUUCUUUGUCUUCUAUACAUUAUCUACCCGUGGGGCAACAUCGGUCGUUUAAUGCGAGUUCCUCAUGUUCAGUUUGUAUGUCACAUCAGUUCUAUGCUUGUAUUCCUAAUGUUACUUGGUCUUCAAUCCUCCUUCGAACCGAAAUAUGACGAACCCACGGGAGACCAACGGGCGGAAGUACCGAAAAUGACCGAGUGGCUUAUUCUUGUUUGGGUCAUAGGAUUAACAUGGGUAGAAAUCAAAGAGCUUUGGUACUACGGAUCGAGAUAUCUCAAGGAUAGGUGGAACAUCCUGGAUUUCUUCACGUUGUCUCUAUACUGGGCCGCCAUAGCUCUAAGGAUAGUCAUUUAUCAAAGGCAUGGUGCAUCUUUGGCUGUUACGGAAAUCCCUCCGACAACGAUGCUGUAUUCGACCAUGGAGAUCCCGACCUCGUUUACGGACGAUGAGUUCACGACGUCGGGUGAAACCCCGGUGACCGUGACGGACCCGGCAACCACAAUGGAGAUGUCGAAUUGGGAACAAGUAAUCGUAAGAAUAGAACGUCUUCACAAGGACGUCAUGGACAUCGACGAAGAGCAGACCGAUCUCGGACAGUCACUCGCCCAGGGAAUCGGGGAUAUCAAAUCUCAGUUAACCCAAAUGGACGAACGGGUGACCAAGAUCCUGGAAGAAACCGCUUCAGCAGCGCAGUCGGCCUCGGUUGUUAGUGGCGGACGUAGAGGCAAGAAAGGGGCGGGUGGGUCUAGCUCAAAUAUAACAAGAACAGGACGUGCGAACUGGAGUGCCUAUGACCCUCUCCUUGUGUCUGAGGGAUUGUUCGCUAUAGCCAAGGUUCUAAGUUUCCUCAGACCCAUUUGUUAUACUGUGAUGAACCGUCAUGUCGGUCCAAUGCAGAUCUCACUUGGAAACAUGAUGUUCGAUAUUUGCAAGUUUCUCUUGAUUUUUUGUUUUGUGUGGUUCGCCUUCUCACUCGGAAUGAAUCAGUUGUAUGGAUAUUACUCGUACAUCACUCGGGAAAUAUGUGAUUUGAAUAACCCUAUGGAAGAACAUUGUAAACAGCCAUUUGAAACGGUGCAGUAUACUCUGAGUACAUUGUUCUGGGCUCUCUUUGGCUUGCCUGAGAUGAACAUCGUUGACAUCCGUGGAGUUGAUCAUGAAUUCACCGAGACUGUUGGACUGAUGCUGUAUGCUGCUUACCACGUCAUCGCAAUCGUCGUCCUGCUCAACGUCCUUAUCGCUAUGAUGAGCAAUACCUACACAAGGAUAGAGGAUGACUCUGAAGUGCAAUGGAAAUUUUCCCGGUCUAAACUGUGGAUGAGUUAUUUUGCUGGCCGAGGGUCAUUACCCGCACCGUUCAACGUCAUCCCGACACCCAAAUCGAUGUUGUAUUUCUACCGGUGGCUGAGAGGCAAGUUGGGCAGCGAAAAGCACAGACAGGCGAUUAGGGACAGGAAUAAAGCAAAGAUGGAGGAGAAAGAGCAGCAAUACAGGGAAAUCAUGGGCAAGCUGGUGAAACGUUACAUCUUCGACGCGAAGAGAGAUGAAGACGAAAACAACCAAGAACAAUGGGUGAACCGGCUCAAACAGGACAUCUCCGGAUUCAAGUACGAGAUGUUCGAAGCGCUCACCGGCAUGGAUAAAAAGAUGAACGAAAUGGAGCAGCGAAUCGAAGAUGGCGGCGUCAAGGAGCCCGGAACUCAAAUGUUUCACAAGAUGGAGGAUGUCGUGAAAAGACCUAUUUAUCAGCCUGAUAGCAUGCAAUCAGUGAUAUCGGGAUGCUCGGACCUCAUGAAUGCAGCCUCCAAAGAUCUUCUUAAUUCGAAAGGCUCGAACAAUAAUAACUCGUCGCCUCUACUCGACGACGGUCUGAACGACCCGUCGACUAAGAACCGCAAUGCGCGCGGCCAUCCAAAAUCCACCUCAAUGCCGUGUAACAUAGCGGAAUACCUAUAUCCUCCUGAAUGGGAGAAAAAUGAACCCAUUUUGUUCAUCGAUGAGGAUCCUGAUGUGCCUAUUCUUGGAGGUCCACCCAGGAAAGAAAGUAAGAAGAGGCGAUUUAGCGCCAACCACAUGAUGAACCAUAUAGGUUCCAGGCAUCUAAAGCGUAAAAAGUCAAAUAGUAAAAACACCACACGAGUUUGACACGCGUGUGUGGAUUGACACGAAUUUGACUGCGAAUGUCAUCCAUGCAUAAUCCUUGCCCCCCUUUCAACAGCAAAUAAUGAUUAUGAUUAUACAAAUAGUGAUUAUAUAUGUGUAUGUUCAUGAACAAUUGGUGCUUUUCGAUAUUGGAUUAUAGUGUCGACGUAUAAUGGGAAAACGACCCCUAACUGCUAUUGUCCCGGUCAAGCUGGUACGCGCACAUUGUCUUGCCUUUUCAGACUCGGAUGACGUUUUGACGGGCCUCUUCGAUCCAUGGAAAGGGGACACCAGGACAACAUCAAUUCUGUCAAGAAGAUUGCAAGCAGAUGUGUAUCUACAAUGCUUAAGAUAACGGUAGCAGAUUCGUCGACGACGGUGUAUCAUGACGAGAUAAAUUUUCCUUCUUAAAGAUAUUAUGAUCUGUAGAUAUCACCAGUUCUAAUUUAAAAUUUCUUGAUGUGAAAAAAAUACGAAAUUCUUUUCAACUUAAAGGGCAAAACCUUAUGAUUGCUUAUCUAUUGAUAGGUGUUCAUAUCUAUUCAAUCUGUAUUGUAUCUUGUGUUCCUGUUUUCAGCCGGUUGGCAUUCUCGUAAAACAAACAUUGGUUUUAACCAAGGUGAAUGAAAGGUAUUAUCAGGUGACGUGAAAUCACGAUAGUGUUAAACAAUUUAUAACAAUUUUCUUUAGCAAAGUUGAUUAAUCAAAGGACGAUAGAAAGUUUUGAGAUGAGAACACAUACACGUUUUGAUAGCACUAAUUGAGGCCUGCUAUUUUACGAAAAGGAAAUGAAUGCGGGAAAAAAGUUUUUUUAUCAGAAAAGGAAUAGGGUUCUUUAGUUUAACCAUUUUUGCAUAUU